CUCAGCUCCGCCCGCGCCCGGCCCCGCUGUGCGCGCACCUUCCUGCGCCGGGACCGCAGCUCCGUGCCGGCCAUGCUGCUCCCGCAGCCCAUCUGCGUUCUGUUGCUGCUCCUGCACGGCGGCCGCGCCGCGUCCCCCAGUAACGGCACGGAAACCCCGCGGGCGGAGGAAGGGAACGGGACGCGGACGGGCGCGGGGCUGCCGCCCGCAUCGGGGCUGCCGGUGCUGCGGCGCGCCGUGUUUGUGGUCAGCGCUCUGUCGGUGCUGGCCGCGCUCUACUUUGUGCUGAGGACGUUCCGCUCCCGGCCCGACGGACGCAGACGCGAACCGAGCGCGACUUUCAGGUGGAAGAAACCGCAGCGGAAGAAGUACGGUCUGCUGAGCAGCUCCGAUGAACGCGUGGAGAUGGCAUCGCUGGACAGCGAUGAGGACACCGUGUUUGAGACGCAGAACCUGCGGCGAUGAUUUGGGACCAGUGGCACAACUGCACAGAUCGAGCGAGGGGUGCGGAGUCAUCCGCUGGGAUCACCGACGCUCCAGUUUUAGUUUUGAUAAUAAUUGCUUACAAUGACUGCGAAUUAACAGCACAAACUCUUUGGUCGCUGGGGAGGGCAAAGGGGACCAAAACUGUUUCCUUCACACGUCUUUUUUGGGGAGAGGUGGAGCUGCAGAGGACUCUGCGCUGAGUGCUGCGUGGGGUGACGCUCAGGAAGACGUAACAGAAGUGACUCUGGGGUGAACACUCUGCAUUGAGAGCUGCACGUCUGUGCCCAUGGCCUGCCUGGGGCUUUUGGGUGCUCCUCUGACUGUGGCAGCAGCUUGGCGGGCUCAGUUUUCCCUUCCGUGAUGUCUGGUCGCUUCCCUGGAUUGCUGUGUGCCAUCGGCUGCACCCCGUGGUGGAGUUGGGGCAGCAGCAUCCCUCAGAUCAGACAGAGGAGUUUUGGGAGGGAGCAGCGAGCUGAAGGCGUUCUGGAAGCAGCAGGGUUGGCAGCGAGUGGAUGAUGGCAUAAAUCCCUGCGUGGGUUUACAAAACAAAGAGAUGUUUGCAAACAAAAA